AUGUUUCUUAGCUUCCCUACCUCCAUAUUACUUUCCCUCCCCUCCAACAUAUACACAGAUAAUAAUUCUUCUUUCCUUUACCCACGUAUUGGUAUUUUCAGAGAAAACUCCGCCCUUCACUACGCCCAUAUUUUUCCCGCCAUCAUCAUCGUGUGCCUGCGCCAUCCGCCUCGUACAAUAAUUUAUCCAUCGCACCUUAUCUAUCUAUCUAUCUAUCUAUCUAUCUAUCUAUCUAUCUAUCUAUCUAUCUAUCCUUUAUCUCUCGCGCGGGAGGGCUCUGCCGGCGCAGUAGGUCGGCGUCAGACUGUGCCGCCCGUCACCUCGGGUCCGCGACGUGCAUCGGCAACCCACCCGAUCCGUCUUGAAACACGGACCGAGGAGUCCUGGCCGUUCGCGAGUCGUAGGGGACCCGAAGAACCCCGAAGGCGCAGCGAAAGCGAGAGAGCGCGUGGGAGGGCACCGGUUCUGGGAGAGGUGUCGCGGCGAAAGCGGUUCCGGCGGGGAGUUUCUCGCUUCCUUCCGUCUUUAUUAGCACUUUCUUCACCGGCACCAGCGCCCUCUCCUACGGUUGUCUCCCCUUUUCUUCAAUUGAUGUGUCUUGAACUUGAUUCAAUUGACAGCCACUUGCCGUACGGUGUCUUUGACACCGCUGCGGCUUCAUUCUCUUGUUUCUCUUUCUUUCUAUUUCGCUUUUCUUUCUUUUUUUCCCCCUCUUUACCGACCUUUCGGACUUUUAACUUCUUUUUUAUUACUCUUUUUAUCCUUUUUUCUUUGCUCUUUCUCUCCCCAAUUUUUACUCCACCAUUUACUUUGUACUUUUCUUGUACUUAUGUCUUUUGCUUGUUUCCACAAUAUUAUAUAUUUUUUUUCUUUUUAAUUUCCUUUCCUUUUAUGUCGUUUGUUGUUUGUUUUUCUUUUUCUAUUUUCUCUCUGUCUCCCCCUAAUUUGAACGUUAUUCUUUUUUCUUUUCUUCUCUUUUCGUCUUUCUUUUUACGCCUUCCACACUAUCAUACAUCUUCAUUUACUUGUGUUUUACUUUCAGCUCAUUUGUUCUUUUUAUUUUUCGUUUUUCUCUUUUUAAUCUCUCCCAGUCUCUCUACAGUAUUUAUUCUUCAUUCUUCUUCUUUUCCUCUCUGUCUUUCUCUUUCCACUCGAUCUAAUUUUAGUUCUUCGUUCUUUGUUCUUUUCUUCUUCCUUAUCUCUUUUCUCUUAUUUUUUUCUUUCUACAAUAACACUCUCUCUCUCUCUCUCCCCCCAAUUUUUAAUUCCUUCCUUUCUUUCUUUCUUUCUUUCGUUCGUUCGUUCACCCUGUUAAUAUUUUCCUUUCACUCUUUCUCUCUUUUCCUUUCUUUCCUUUUGCUUUUCCUUCUGAAUCGCAUUAUCCUUAGUGCCUCCCCCUUACUGUUUAACUCUUUCUCUUUCCUCCUCUCUCUUGUUCCUUCCCUCUCUCUCUCUCUCUUUCCCUCUCUCUCUCUCACUCUCUGUUUUCUGUUCUGCCAUUGA